UGUAACCUGAAGCGUAUGUAACCUGAAGCGUAUGUAACCUCAGGUACCACUGUAAUAAGCAACCCCAUCUCUCCCCCCUCAGCGAAAGCGACACGAGGGGAAAAGCUGCCCCGGGCCCAUUCCGUCCGCGGGGAGAAGAGCCAGAGCGUGCUUCCCGCCUGCCUCGGCUGCUCGACGCAGGCGGGCCCGGCGCUUGCGCACUGCGAGGUAGAGCGAGCAAGGCGAGCCGGCGCUGCUGGGCCUGUUUUCUCGGCGCGCGCCCGCCCGCCCGCCUGCCUGCUCUCCCGCUUCGGCGCUGCCGCACUCCGGGGCCCGCCUGGGGUGGAAUCACCGGGCCGAGUCAGCCCGGCAGCUUCCUCCGUCGGAGGAGAGAAGCGGGGGCGGACGCUGUCGCGCAGGAGGCUGCCGUGAGUCGGGCACGGCAGGGCGGCCUUGCUGUGUGUGUGUUUUCCCGAGGGGGUCCACGCUGUGGUCGGGGGUGGAGAAGCGGAGGAGAAAGCGGGCUUUCUAGGCUGGUAAGGUGGCCGGCGGGAGAGCGCGGACCUCGGGGCCUGGAAGAGGGGAAGGGGAGGGUCAGCGGAGCCCGACUGCCUGCGGGAGAGAGUUGGGGCUCUCCGGGGCCUCGGUUGGGGUGGGGGGUCGGGGGCUUCUCUUCAGCCUCCUCGUGACUCACGAAGAGGCGGCGGUGGGCGGAGGGGCAGCGCCGCCAGGAACGAGCCUUUUGGGGUCUGGUGGGGUUUGACAGCUGCCACUCGCCCCUCUUCCCGAGGGGUGCGUGAGGAAAAAGUGGGGCGCUCCACAUGCAUAGCUGCCGAAACCUCCGGGGGGAACGAACCCUGCUAAAUAAUAUAUAUGUGUGUUUUGAAUCCAGUCGCAGGCCUUUUAGAUGGAAAAAACCGUUGUGUUGAGCAAAUGCAGGAUGGUGUGUUUUCGUGACUAAAACACCAGCAGCCUAAAAUAGCUGGAGCCUACAUACAGGUAGUUGGGUAUAUCUAAAGUGAAGACAGUACAGUACUCGGUUAAAUAUAUUUAUAUUCUUAUUUUGUUAAUAAGUACCCAGUGCUUACUGAGUGACCUUUGCAUCAUUGGAAGGGACAUCAGAAGACAGGAGCUUUUCUUUUCUUUUUUACUUCUUAGUGAGCAGUUGGUUAGAAGGCUACCAAUACGCUUUUCCUCAUACAAGUAAGAAACAAGUGAUAGCAAUGUUAUGGUUUAUUUAUUUGCCACUGUUAGUCCAAAGGUUACCGGAGCUGUGAACUGCAUAGUAAAUACAAAUUAAAUAUACAUUAAAAGUACAGUAAUUCAAAAGAAGAUAAUACAGUAAACUCCCAAAAUACCCAUCUAGAUGGGAAUGAUAGUUAGCCUUGCUGCAGAAGUACUCCUGGCUUCUGUAUCGAAAUGAAAGCUGAAACUUGAGAGAAGGAGCUUGAAAUGAAACUGAGGGCCCAGUUUCACCUCUGUUCAGGGCAAUGCUCUGUCAAGGCCCGAAAGAGCUAACCUUACAGAAAUUAUGCACCCCAGCCUUUUAUUCAAAUAGGUCCAGUAGUACUCAAUGAUGCUUACUUCCAAAUAAGUGUAUCUAGGACUGCAACUAUGCUUCUCCUACAUCUGGACGUUUACUAAUGUCAAACUCUGCCAGCUUCACCAAAAAUGGGGAGGGGGGACAAAAGAGCUACUGUAAAGUUGUUAGGAGACUUGACUUGAGCCCUGUGUCAGAAGGUGCUCACUUUUUAAUGCUACCUGUCCAAACACAUAGCCUUCAGCCAAUGCAUAAAAGGUUGACCUAGAUAAACUAUAUAAGCUCAACUGGUUACUCAGUGGGUCUCAUCAUAUUCUGUAAGGCUUACUUCCAAGUAAGUGAGCAUAAUAUUGUAGCCACAGUGCUCCCUCAUCCAAUGAUUCUUUUAGCGCAACAGUUCCUGUUAACAUAGAACCACAGAGAUAGCAAAUCAUAGCUUUUCUCUUCUCCUUCUCCCCAUUAGACAUGCUUAAGGUAUGUUGAGUUGCAAGUGGGUGUUUUGCAAUUUAUUUGGUACUAGUCAGAGUUGUUUCAUAACUGCAGCUGCCAAGUCAUAGUUACACACCCUUUGAAGGGUUAGUUUGGUAAGCCCCAUCCAUGGCUUAGAAUAUAAAUAAUCUGUGUGUGCCUUUAACCAUACCAACUAAUUUUCAUCUUUGAAAUAAUUUGAAUUUUUAAACUUUUAUGGUGAUGCAGUAGUUACACAUGUGGAUCAGGAAAUUCUAGCAGACAUAUACAUUAACUCCCUGCUACAUUAAGUUGUGAGCUUAAUGGAGGUAGGCAUAAAGGAGAUAUGUUUUGGAAGGUGCAAUAGUUUGAAAAUGAAAGUUGUGGUCCUUUUUUAAAAAACCAUUUUGGAACUUGGCUUUGCACUGUUUUUCAUCCAGCGUUGACAGAAAGCUCUUGUGUGUAAGUUUACCCUCCAUAUUAAUGUGCUCUAUGUGGGGCUUCCCUCAUGCUUGAAAUUGGGAAGCUGCAGUUAAUACAGAAUGCUACAGCAUGAUUGCCGACAGUAGUGACGCCUUGUCAGCGUAUAAUAUCUGUGCUUAGAGAUCUGCCAAUUUGCUGCUGGGCAAAGUGCAGAAAGAGUGGGGCAAAAGAUGUGGAUAAGCCCCUGGUCUUUAGACAUCUGGAGAUUUAGAUAUUGCUAGUGUUCAUCCACAGCAUUACUGUGCUUCGUAUAAGUGAUGUAGCAACAAUGAUUCAUACUGUAGGUGCUUCUGGAAAGCUCUAGGUGCAUACAGUAAAUCUUUUCAGAGUUAUUGGGUGUAUGACUAAAACAAACCAUUAUUCACCUAAAUAGAAAGAAAUACAGUAAAGCUUUGUCGUAUUACGCCCCCCCCGCACCCUUUCUAAUUCAGGAAUUUUUGCUUUUUAAUCUUCUAAUAAUAAAAAUGUUUAUACAACUAUAUGGCAUGGCAGGACAGCACAGCCCCUGAAUUAGUGAGAGAAUAAAUUGGCUUGAUAUUGCCAUUAUACUGUUCAUUCUAGUCGAUGAUAAAGACUUCCUUGUAUCUAGUGUUCAAAAAUAUUGAUCUGGUUGUUUGGCCUCGUCAUUAUUGUUUUAUGUCGAUUCCUAUUGUUUUAUGCCAAAUCCUAUGAAAUGGAACAGUAUAAAUUCAGCAAAAGAACUUAACUAUCAAAGGUGAGUACAAAGAGGAGUGUCUUCUUCAGCAUAUGGUGAAAGCUGUAUAGUGAAGACCCUAGAUGCACCCCUAUGGGAAGGAAGUCCAUAAUUUAGGGGCCACCACAGAGUAAGCCAUCUCCCAAGCUGCCACUUCUCACACUUCUAAGCAUGGCAGAGCUACCAAGAGAGCUCCCUCUGCACAUCUUAACACCUGAGAAGAUGAGUAUGGAUAGAGGCUGUCUGUCAGGUAUCUAGGAUCUAAGUUGUUUAAAAGAAAUGGUAAAAAUAAAUCAUAGAAAUAUGCAUAAGCGUGCUGAGAGCUAUAUAUAAAACUCUCUGGAUCUGCUUGAGUAACCUUGUGUUGCUGUGUGCCUGUUUCAUUGCACUGAAAGUAGAAUAAGCCUUUUUAUUUUUUCUGAAGAAGGGUGAUAUAUAUUUUCUAGCACAUUUUAAUCUAAUUAUUAUUUUUGUUGUUUAUUAAAUUUCACUCCUGCUGUUUCUUUGAAAGGUGCUCAAGGCAGCAAUUAACCAAGCAAUAAAACAAUAUAAUGAAAAUUGAAAGACGUGUUUCAAAACAUUUAAAAACAAUUAGAAGAUCUAAAAAAAGUUAAAGCCAGUCAAAUAGCCUCAUAUCUAAUGAUUUCAGGGUUGCCAAGAAGUGUUUCUUUCAGCCACUAUAUGCCUGGGUGGACAGGAAUGUUUUUCACUUCCUCUUGCAUUUUAAUAAUGAAGAAGACAGGCAUACCUAACUGGGGAAGGGUAAUCCACAUAUGGGGAACCACCACUAACAGCACCCCCCCUGCCAGUUGUAGGGCCUGAAUGGUUGAUACUGGAGGAAGCGAAGAUUUACCAUGCUUUUUCAGCUAGGAACUCUCUUUAAAUUCUAUUUUCAGUGAUAUUCAAGUGGGGGAAAAAUAUAUGAUUGGGUUUGGAGAAAUGUGAAUUCCCAUAACUUUUACCUAAUUAUGUUCUUAUAACAUAGGUUGAAUUUGCUGUGAUUGGCAUGGAUGUCUGAAGGCCACUUUUUUACAAGUAUGUUCCAGCUCUUGGCAGCACCAUCUUGAGUGUCUCGUAAGUGUGGCUGGAUUUUGUUAAUUAUCUUGCGGUUUUCAGUCUAAAGCUGCAAUCCUAUGCAUACCUAGCUAGGAGUAAAUCUCAUGGAACUCAGUGGGAUCUACUUAUCAAGUAAAACAUGCUUAGGAUUGGGCUAAAUAUAAUCUUAGGGGUUGACUUAAAUGUAAAGACAUGGGAGAAAAUGUGUAAAAAUAGUGGGGAAGAGAGAACUGUUCUUUUCCAAGUCUCAAAUGUCCAGAAAAUUUAAUCUCCAUGCUGAAUUUAUAGUCAGCACAAAAAUUUGUCUUGCACAAAAAAAUCCUUUCAGAUUUGCCGUUGUGGUGCUUUCUAUCCUGCUGUCAUUACUGGUUUCAUAAAUAGUUCUGGUUAUGCCUUUUCGCAUCUUACUCGCUUGUAGGAGUAACACACAGCAACCACAUUUGGCCUGCAAGAAAUGUUUGCAAUUUUGAUAUUUAGAGGUCCAAAAAUACUAGCUCUAGCAAAAUACUUAUUUAAAAUUAGAUGAUUAAUAUUUUAGAGAACAUGUAACAGUCAUAUUUACAUUUUUCUGCUAUAGAAUUAUUCUAAUGAGACGUGAAAUUCUUAGUGUUUUUAUUUGGGCUAAUCACAAUAAUUGAGAGAUGAAAUUUGUGAAUCCUAUUAUAAAUACCAAGUCACCUGUAUUCUAGUGCUAACUUAUUUUCCACUCCAUUACAGUGAUGCUGGACGUUUGAAUGCUGAAGCUGGCAGAUCAUUGAGCGGGCUGGCAACAUGUUAUGUUGGGGAAAUGCCUCUUUUGGACAGCUUGGAUUGGGGGGCAUUGAUGAAGAAGUUGUCCUAGAACCCAGAAGAUGCAACUUUUUCAUAAACAAAAAGGUUCGAGAUGUAGGCUGUGGACUAAGACACACUGUGUUUGUCUUGGAUGAUGGGACUGUGUAUACAUGUGGAUGUAAUGAUUUAGGACAAUUAGGACAUGAAAAAUCCAGGAAACGACCAGGUAAGUUAAAACAGUGCCUGUUAGAUAAUCGUAUUGCUUUAGGUUCUGUAUGUGGGUGCCAGUUAUACUUGCAGCAGCAGUUGCUUAGAUUAUGGAAGUAUUUCUAAAAUUAGUAGAGCUGCUAGGACCUGCUCUUUUCCCCCUUCUGACUUUUGUACCACUGCUAUUGCGUGAAAGCCUCUAUUUAUAUGGAACUGAAAACGCAACAAGAUAUUUUGUUAAGAAAUUGUUGGAGAUCUGUUUUUUAUAUUAUUUUUAACUGUAGCCCAUUCAGAGGCAGUAUUUAAAAUGUAUUGUUGACUUUUUAUUUUUGUCUGAGAAAUUAUGUAUUAACAUUAGUUGAUCAUUAAGUGUGUUAUAUUUUAAAUUCUUAAAGCAGCAGCAGCUUGAUUUCAGUGCUUGGAACCACUGAGGUACUUUUUUCUAUUUAUGCCAAUGACACACUAAUUGGACUAAACAUGAAGUAAUUUUUGGUAAUACAAAGUGGGGUCUCUAGAAAUAGUUUUAUUGAAAAUGCUUUAGUCUACAAAACUGUCUGGUCCUCAGUUGCCACUGUGUCUACCUCAUGUGCUGCUGCUGAUUGAUAGCACUGUAGUGUUCAACUCUGUUCUAAAAUAGAAUUCACUAGAACAGCUACUAAGGUGCAACUACAUAUGAUUCAGGAGAUAGAAUCUUCGAUUUUUAUUGGGGCUCCCUCAAUUGGAUAGGGACCAUGGCACUGAGAGACAGCAUCCGCUGUGUCACUUUAGUGAUUAAAAUUACCUCCCCCACCAAAGCAGUUACUUCACCCAAGGGUGAAAAUAUAUAGGUAGCAUAAGUUUGGUUCUUAAGGAUUGUAGUUUUUCUUCCUCUCUUAUUAGGCACAGAUUAAUAGUGAAGUGGUUUCCUACAAGCCAGUGAAUUGUGGCUUGUAGCACCUCUGACCUCAGGUAAAGGAGAUCUGACAUGUUUGUAGGAACACAUUUUUGCUAGUUCAGUUGUACAGUCCAUCAUGGAAAUGUUUGGCAAGAGCAAUGUAACAUUAUGCUGCUUUUUCUCUUGAUUACAGAGCAGGUGAGUGCCUUGGAUGCUCAAAAUAUUGUAGCUGUUUCAUGUGGAGAAGCCCACACAUUAGCAUUAAAUGACAGUGGUCAAGUCUAUGCUUGGGGUUUUGCUGCAGAUGGACAACUUGGCUUGCCUGGAACUGAGGAGUAUACCAGAGUGCCCAGGUAAAACUAAAUGAUAACAUAAGCUUUUUUGUUGUUGUUUUUUUUGAAUAAAAAAACCUUUCAUCUUAGAAAAAUUGUUCCUUUUGCUUUUGUAAAAAGGGCUUAUUGCUUCAUCUUUGCAUCUUUGUAAUUUUUCAAGCUCAAACUAGUAUGGCUAGUUUAACAAGUCAACAGUAAACUAUUAGUAGUUUAUGAAUCUGGCUUGUUUAAACUAGCCAUAGAUAAUGUUAAUCCCAGUUCUGGGUGCAGAUGAUAUGGCAAGUUGGGGUUUACUAAAAGUGAGAGAGGAAGCUUUCAAAUGACUCUUGAGCUAUUCAAGCAGGAGUGGGUAGCAUGUGAGUCCAACACUUCUGCAGCUCAUUUACAUCACACUGAACUGUAAUGUUGAAACAUUAAGUUGCAUUUUUUGUAAGGAAAUAAAGCUUUGUGUUUUUAUAGCAUUUUGUGCAAAGGCUGUUCAUUUAAUUAUGUCUUGUUAUUCCUACAGAAACAUAAAAAGCUUGUCAGACAUCCAAAUAGUGCAGGUUGCCUGCGGCUACUAUCAUUCCCUUGCACUCUCCAAAGGUAAUCAAUCUCUGGACUGUCUGCUUGUUUUUCUGUAUAAAUUUAAAAUACUCUUACAAUGACAAUAGAAAAAACCACACUAAACAUUUCACAUCGUAAAAUAGCCAGUGUUCGAUAGCUUUGAGAGGACAGAAAGAGUAAACAAGUUUUCAGCUUUGCUCAUGUUAAGGAAAGGAAAUGUGUGUAUUAUGAGCAUUUAUGUUUGCCACUGAUCUCCAAAUUCUAAAAUGUACAGAGAUUCCAUGCAAUACCUGGAACUAUUAAUAUAUUGAGAAUUGGGCUUUAUUUGGAAAUGUGUGUGUAGGGUAGGACUUGUUGCCUACCCUACUUCUUUAGCAUUUAAUUUCAAAAAUGCCCCUUUUUCUUGGCUGAAAAAUUAUUGCCACCAUUUGAAUUCUGUCGUGUAUGAUAGUGGAGUAAUUUUAAUUCUUAGAGUGACGUAAAUUCCUACAGUUAUUCUUCAUCUUAAAUGUGUGUCUUUUCUUUUCUUCAACAGGUAGUGAAGUCUUUUCCUGGGGACAGAACAAACAUGGUCAACUAGGUUUAGGUUAUGAAUUCAAAAAACAGACUUCCCCACAACGGAUAAAAUCUUUGCAAGGGAUACCUUUUGCGCAAAUUACAGCGGGCGGAGCACAUAGCUUUGUGCUUACUCUUUCUGGAGCAGUUUUUGGGUGGGGACGCAACAAAUUUGGCCAACUUGGUCUUAAUGAUGAAAAUGGUAAGUACACAAAAUUUAAAACUAUGAACUAUAUUACUUUCCAUUUUAGUUAUGAUCAGAUAAUGUGUGCUUAUUUUUGUAAAACCAAAUUAUGCUCCUCUGCUGAAUUGAUGCUUGGAGCGUCUGUGUUAGUGGAUGAGAAAUCCACUGAACUGAAAGUUGCUGAAAGGAACCGUGGAUAUUACUGCAGUGCAGAACUACAAUAACUUUGAAAUGCUUUGCAUGCUUUAAUUGUAGGAAAUAACGGUACUUUCAAAAUAGUGAAUAAAAUACUACAUAACUUCCAGGCGCUUUGCUAUUUGUUGCACUGUAGUGCUUCUCUGAACAACACGUACUGUGGAAUUAUAAACCUCAAAGUGCAACAAAGCUAUUUGUUAUAUAAAAUAAUAAUAGUUUAUAAACUAAAUCAGUAGUUUAUAUUAUUUAUUUUUAUGUAAUUUUAUGUAAUUUGUUGCAAAGUGUAUAUUACACUUCCUGAUUUAUUACAAUUUUCAGAUAGAUAUGUUCCCAAUCUUCUAAAGUCACUAAGAUCCCAGAAAAUUGUUUACAUCUCCUGUGGAGAAGAUCAUACUGCGGCUCUUACAAAGGUACUGUAGUAGAAAUACUGUAUUUCACACUCUUAACUAAUUAGUAGAUUUGAUAGCUUUUCACAUGCAGGCUGACUGCUUCAGUAGUGAGGGAUUCAGCAGUCUGUAGGAGAGAAAACAUGUUCAUGUCACCAGUUGGUCUGCUUUUUUGUAACCCUGCACUCUUGUCAAGAGAGAAUGGUUGCCCAAUAUUGGGUGUGAACUCCUCCCGCACCAACCCCUUCAUCUGAGGGAAGAUUCACACAUUACAGUUGUACUGAGCCACUAGCUUGGGCAACGUCAGUGAACCUGCCAAGAUCACAUGUUGCAUUGGCCUGCUCACACCAGCAUUUAUAUAAGCUCGGGGGGCGGAGGGAGAGCUGCUGAAAUGUAAUGUGUCACUUGCUGCUGACUUGCAGAGGAGGGGAGAAAGAAAGGAGAACUUGUGCUUAUUUUCCUUCAGAGCUUUAUAAGUUCAUGUUUAGAAAUAUUCCAUUGCAUUCAGCCUAGCUCUAAUAACCAUGUGGGCGGCUGCUCCGCUGAUGGAUGCCAUCUCUCUUGCUAGUGCUGAAGCACAGUUUAUAGUCUUGUGUGUGUGUUGAUUUAAUGCAACAUACUUUGGUUUAUUUACACAACUGUCAUUACAUUCAGAAUUCGAAUAUGACAUUUAUAGUAUCUGCAAACAGAAGAAUAGUUUAGGUUUUAUGUAAACAAAUACUGUUUGCUUUCUCAGUACAUAAUGUAAAGCUUAUAUUUAAAAACCUGUGGGAUUUUAAAUUCAAAAUUGAACUCUUGUUUCAGGUAAUGUGGAGAAAUGCACUUUCUAUUCUCUUGAGCAAUUCUUGCUCUGCAGUUGAAGUCAUUCUUGAAACAAAUAAAUAUGAAAGUGAAAAUAGUAGUCCUACUAUUGGGCAGGGUGCAAUGUCCACUAAUAGCAUUUUACAUUAUCUUGUUUAUCAGUCUGAUCUUACCACUAACUUAGGAAUUUUUUUAAUCAACCAUGUGUUUUUAAAUUGGAACUCAGCUAAAGAUUACAUGAUUUUUUUGCAUGGGUAUUUUUUGUUACUUAAAAUUAAAAAUCAAUGGGUUUUUAAAAAAAAAAAAGUUUAUGUGAUUUAUUUUUGGUGUACAGGACUGUGGAUUUACCGUAUUUUUUGCUCUAUAAGACACACCAGACCACAAGACGCACCUAGUUUUUGGAGGAAGAAAACAAGAAAAAAAAAUAUUCUGAAUCUCAGAAGCCAGAACAGCAAGAGGGAUUGCUGCGCAGUGAAAGCAGCAAAUCCCUCUUGCUGUUCUGGCUUCUGGGAUAGCUGCGCAGCCUGCAUUCGCUCCAUAAGAUGCACACACAUUUCCCCUUAGUUUUUAGGAGGGGAAAAAUGAGUCUUAUAGAGCAAAAAAUACGGUAUUUUAUUGUUUAUACUCUUACACAGUGAGGAUGUUGUGCAGAGACUAAACUAUGUAUCUAUGAAGAUAAGCAUGUUUGUAAAGACAAUUUAUUUGUUAUAUGCGUAGGGCAAAUAUCUAGUGCUUCUCCACAGUUGUAACUAUUAUUUUUUGUACAUAAAAAGUAUUGGAGUCAUCUACACAUUGCAUUCUAACUUCAAAUGUUUUUUAGGAAGGUGGGGUGUUUACUUUUGGAGCUGGAGGCUAUGGGCAAUUAGGUCAUAACUCUACUGGCCAUGAGAUAAACCCAAGAAAAGUUUUUGAACUUAUGGGGAGCAUUGUCACACAGAUUGCUUGUGGAAGGUAAGACCACAGAAUGGAAUAAUUUUAAUGGGGUGUUUAACAACUUGAAAAGUGUAAGAAGCAAGUUUACCUCUAGCUGCUGUGGAAUUCUCAAAAUCUUGUUGGGCACCCCAAUUAUGUGCCAUUAUAAAGAAAAGACUGCUGUAAGUUAGCUAAGACAUUAGUUUAUGCAGCCCAAUUAUGCAGUUUAAUUGGAUUGGCAUGAAGGCUGUUCUAUAGGCACAGUAGCCUUCCAUCUCAAUGCAUUACAAGUUCCAUGUGUUUUAGAGGCUGCUCCCUCUUAAUACCCUGAACAGAACAUUGCAACUGUCUUCUCUUAAGUUACUGGGGAUAGAUAAGUCACAUAUAGCAUAUGUAAUAUACUACAGCAUUCUCAGUUUCUUACUUUUUGAAUUUCUAUUCUUUCUUUGCACUAGGCAGCACACAUCUGCGUUUGUCCCUUCAACUGGAAGAAUUUAUUCUUUUGGUCUUGGAGGCAAUGGACAGUUGGGCAUGGGAUCAACCAGUAACAGGAAAAGUCCCUUCCCAGUGAAAGGUAACUGGCUUCCUUAUAAUGGAGACAUCCCACUAAAUUCAGGUAAUAAUGCUUUCUUUAGUUGUAUAUAUAUUUUCGGAGUGUUAGGGGGGAAUUAUUUUAAGAAUAGUUAUAUUGUGAUAAUGGGUAAGGGACUGGAUUUGUUAGUAUUGCAUCUAUGCCUCAUGAGAUUUUUGUGUUUACUGUAGAAGCAAUAAAUGCUGCACCAAUAUGUUGCAAAUUGGAAACAAGGACCCCUAACAUAUCAUAGUAACGGCUACAAGAACAACCAUUGCCAGGACAUGGAAACUGUUACAGUUAUUAACUAUGAACCAAUGGUAUAAUGCAAUUUGGCAAUCGGCAUUAUUGGAAAAACUGAGAGCAAAAUUAAAAGUAGCAAGAGGCCAAAAUAAACACGACAGAUUUUUGCAGUCUGGUGUGACUUUAUUGAUUACAGAAAUAAUGAGACAUAAUAUAGAAUAGCACCCAUAGUUUACAGCACAGUCUGGUGUGUGUGAAGUACAAGUUUUAUUAUUUCCCCCCUUCCCAUUAAUUCCUAUUAAUUCUGAUAGUUGUUGAUACAAAAUACCUUUGACUUUUGAUCACUGAUCUAAGCAAUACACAUAAUAACUAAUAAUUUUGGUAUAUACACUGACACAACUUUGUUAAUAUAUUCAGAAAUGUGUAUCUGUUUAUUGUUGUGUUGUUUUACUUUAAACUUUAAUUAUAUAUAACCACAGCAUGUUAUGCUCUAGUGUAAACAAACAUAUAUCUCAAUGCAACCAUGGUAAACAGUUUAAAGAUGAAAAUGAAUAAAAAUUCUUACCAAAAAAUAAAUAAAUGCUGCACCAUUUUCCAUACAAGUCAACUCUAGUUUUUCUCUGUUGAUCUAUGAGAGUGCAGAGCAAUAACUGUGAAUGUGAUUCGAAAAGGAAGGUUGCUGUGUGUGGUGUAAAAUGCUAGUAUGCAGACCUGCUAUUGGCAAAAGUUACCUGAUGUUCUUGCAAAAAUAGCAUCCCUCAAUUUCAUUCCUACCUAAAUAAAAGACAAAUUCUUUUCAAGCUAUCCUCUUGAUGUUAACAUCAUGCUAUUUUAAUUAUAGAUCGUGAAGAAUAUUAUUAUGUACAUAGGAUUUUCUCUGGUGGAGACCAAAGUUUUUCACAUUACGUUACUCUACAGGUAGUUCAUCUCAUUUUUAAAAUCCAUAAGUUGGCUUCUGUGUUUACUCAGUAAAGUGCUUAGAGCUGAAUCUGAUACCUGGAACUUUGACUUUGUAUUCAUGUUGCUUUCCAUUUGCUUCACUAGAGUAUUCUUUAAAAUAUAGUGCAACUAGUGUAGCUUCAGCUGUGUAUUAUUGUACCUUAAGAUAAAACUUUUUUUUUCAUAUCUUAAGUGGUCAGUAUGCUUUAGGAUUUGGUGUUAAAGUAUCUGAAAUUUGUUAUUUGUAAAUUGUUUAGAGAAAAUUAAGCUUCAUUUUGUUAGCUGAUAAAGCAAAACUCACAGUUCCUAAACAAAGCAAUCUUUCCUUUUGAGGAUUGGUGUGCAUACAUAAUAUUUAGAGUUUAGUGACUGAGACAAUCCUUAUUUUAAGUUAGGGAAAGCUGUAAACUGGAAGUAUGAAUUCAUAGAAAUACAAAGUUUUAUUGGAACUGUCUGCAUUCUUUAAAUAUAAUUUUAUAACCUUUUUAAAUUUGAUGUAUUUCUAUCUGCUUUGUUUCAUCCCAGUAUAUUUUAUGUUUUAUUCAUCACCCUGGAUGAAGUGCAGAAUAUAAUUUUUUCAAGCAAAUAAAAUAAAAAUGCCUUCUAUAUCACACACAGGAUAUGAAUGUCCAUUAUGUCAGCUUGUUAUGUACAUCCUGGCUCUCCACCUAUGAGGAUGGGAAACUUUUGACCCUUCCAAGUGUUGUGGGACUUUGACUCCCAUCAUCCCUGACCAUUGGCUAUGAUGGUGGGGGCGGGGGGCAGCUGGAGUUCAAAAACACCCAAAGGACCACAUGUUCCCCAUCCCUGUUAUAUCAUAUUAUUAAAAGCAGCCCAUUCAGCCUUUAAUUUAGAUGGAGGAUGCCUUGCCCUGAAAUGCCCUACUGCAGCAAGGGAAAUCUGUGAAGCACUGAUGUGUGUGUAUUGAACUUAAUGAAUUAAUCUGGGGGUGAUAGUUGCAUGCAGUAAAGCAUGACUACAGCUGGAUUGGGGCUAUUAUAUAUGCUGAGCUCCAAUUAGCGAUCCUGAAAAAAAAAGGGAAAUUCCGAUUUUAAAACAAAUUCUUUAAAAGCAUUUUAUAUAAAUCUUCUCAGAUAAUAUAGAAACCAACCAGCUUGUGUGCAUAAUGCUUAUAUGCUACAAGUUCAAAGGCAAAAUGUGUGGACUGCUCAAGAGUAAACAUGAAACAAAGUUGUAUGGUGUAGCUACUCUAAAUAUAGGGAUUUCUGGAAAUUAGCCCUAGUUAAUGGGGGGGAAUAUUUCUGUGUAUAAUUUACCACUCAAAAUGUAGGAUUUGGAACCUCCAGAUGACUUCAGAUACCCAUGUGCUUCGAAACAAAUCUGGACUGUGAAUGAAGGCUUCAUUCAGAGGUUGCUGCACUGCUCAUCUUCAGGAUCAGGGAGGCUCCCUACAGAGAUAGCAAAGUAAGAAUGGUGCUUGUUACACUUUUGGGCAUAUCUUGCAGAUAGUGGUGUUGUGUGCUUAACUUUACAGAACCAUCCACUUGGCUCCUGCAUUUGAAUGUAUUACUCUUACCUCAUGGACGCUCAGCUUAGUUAACAUAGGAAGAGCUCUGCUUAAAGGAAAGGAUUACAGUAGGAAUGGGAGAGGGAAGGAAACGCACAUGACAGUGUCCGUUAAAUUCACUAAGAAAUAUGAUUGGGCUUUGUAGAAAGUUUCUCUCCUUUUAGUCUUUUCAAGUGUAGUGUAUGUUAAGCUAUGUUUUCUUGUAACAUAGGAUGUUUCCUUUCAGUAUGGCUAUCUGUAUGUUUUGCUACCUUUAUUGGUUGAUCUGCCCUUUGCAGAACUGAACUAUUUUUAAAAUAUUUUUUAAAUGAAAUUGGAAUUUUUUUUUUAAACGUGUAAGAAGUGAAAAGGUGUCCCCUUAAUUCUACUCCUGUACUGUCUUCUAGUGGUCAUGAUUCCAGUAUCUCUCAAGUAUAUCAUAGCUUUAUAAUGAAUUGAUAGGUGUCUGACUCUAAUAAUAAAUAGAAAUAUGUCUUGUGAAUUGAUGCUUUUCUGUAAAAAUUGGCUUACAUGCUCCAUUUCACCUAUUAAUAUACAUACAUUCUUUAUUUCGAUCCAGAGACUCACAAAAACAUUUUCAAAAGCAAAAUAAAACAGAAAUACAGGGAAAGGAUUCCAAGGCGGUUAUUAUGUUUUAUCCAGAGCAUGUAGGUUUCUGUUUCUUAUUCUUUCCAAGAGGAACUUAGCCAUGGCCAGGAUAGUAUCAUUUGACAUAUCUCCAAGGAGGUACUUAAGAUAGAAGGUUUUGGAUUUUCCAGUUUACCAAAAGGGGUUUAAUUAAUUGAUCCCUGGCUUGUUUGAAUUGCUCACAGUGUAGUGGGAUAUGUUUCAUAGAGUCAACACCCUGAGAGCAUAAGGAGAGCUUGUUCUGAUAGGGUAUACCAGACAGUCUGCCGUUUAGUACUUCUGAAGGGAUUACAUUUAGUCUGACUUUGGUGAAUAAUUGGCAAUAGUUAGGUUCAGACAGAUUCAUGAAAUACGAUGGUAACUGAAAAUCAUGGCCAUAGUGGAUUCCAGUUGCAAAUGGUCCACAGGUUACAUAAGAUAUAGAAUGAAGAUUGCUGUAUAAAAUAUCCCAUAACCUUUGCCUCAGGGAUUUAAGGGCAAUGUCGUAGCCCAAAUGAUGUAAAAAGGAUGGUGAAAGACCAGUUGAUGAGGCUUUUCGGAUCAUAGCUUUCAAACAUGAACUGACAGACUCUUUUUUGGUUAGAUGUAAAAGUAAGCCCUUCCCCAGGCCAAAUACCAGUAUUUCAAGGCAGCCCACCACACUUUAGUGGAGAGUGGACAUUGACCUGUUUCCAACAAUAGAAUUGAAUUAGGGACACAAUUUGGGACCUGAAGUAGGAGCCAAAGGAACUUAGUCUGGAACCCAUCUAACUUAGAAAAUAGACCAUUGUACCAGACAUUUGAAGCAUAAAGGAGUUGGGAAACAGAUUUUGUGUUAGAGGCCCUUAUGGCUGAUAGAACAUAGUGAGCUCUCUUUGUGAAAAAGAAACUGAGUAUAGCAAUGGAAUACAGUAUUGCUCAUCUCCGCCUUCUGGCAGAUACUCUGCCAGUGGCAAUUCCAGGACUCUGUGUGGUGAAACAACUGCCAUUGACUAGAAUGUCAACUGUGAUUAUUACAGACUGUUAGAACAUUGUAGUAAAUUUAACUUUGUGUAUAUUUUUUUUCUUAUUCUUGUUUUUAAUAGUGAAAUCGAUGGAACAUUUUCCUCAGCUGGCUGUCUAAAUGGAAGUUUUUUAGCUAUCAGGUCAGUGGGUGAUACACAAUAUUUUAAAUGCCCAAGCCACAAGAUUUAAUGAAAGUUUGGAAAUAAUUAAGAAUUCCAUAUUCAUUUAAAAGUAUAGAGAAUAAGUAGUGGGAAGCAGAAUUUACUUACUGCUUUUUGUUUUCAUAGCCAUGAUGAUCACUACAGAACUAGUGCCAGAUACUCAGGGAUUGACAUGAAUACUGCUCGACUUCUGUUUCACAAACUUAUACAGCCAGAACAUCCUCAUAUAUCUCAGCAGGUUUGUCCUGAAAUCCUUAUUGCACCUAGUUUCAAAUCCCAGGUAUUACACUGUGUUAAACAAUUGGUAGUUCUUUUUGCACAGAACUGGUAAAUUUAGGUUUGUAAUGCAAUGCUUGAUGCUUUGUUGAAAUAUUCUAUACUUAAAAAAAAAUGUAAAUUGUAGUAGCUCCACAGAGUUGUCAACAUUUUGAGAUUUUUUAAAUGUACUUCAGUUAGUGUUUCAAUGGCUGGAUUUGGGAAUAACACUCAGCCAUGGGUUGUUCAGGUGAGUUCUGCCUAUGCCUGUGAGCAUCCUGGCCAACCAUUUAUGGUUUGUUUGUGCCCAACAAAUCAUUAUCUCAAACUAUGUUUUGAAGUUGGCUUGUGAAUCUCUGCUUUUAGUUACCUCUGAACUUCAGAUCCUUAGAUUUGAGCUUAGUUUGUCACAUCGCUCAGAAGCCCUUGCCUGGCAACAGAGGUGUAAGGGAAAAACAGCUAGAAAAUGAAAUUGUUCAUGCAACUAAGAGGUCAUCACUGAUACUUUUAACAGAUCUCUCCAUCCUUCACUACUGUGCCCAGUAACAGGCUCAUUACCCUGCAUGCCUCAUUGCUGAUGAGCCCUAUGAGAAAGAAAAGUAGUAAGAGACCACGAGCAUUUCCCCCUAAUAUCUAAUGAGAGAUAUAUGUUUAAAAGCUCACCUUUGUUCUAACAGUUCAACAAAUGCAGUUGCAGAUUUUGAUCUAAAAGCUUCCCCUGUCACCCAUUCACUUCCUGAUAAACUCAGUUCAUUCCUAGUUCUGAGAAACACUUGUUGUUACUGAAAGAAUAGCUAGAGCACACAGAACUUUUGCUCAGGAGGAUUGCAAUGAAAGGGUUGGUUGAUAGUACCUUUAGGACUAUUACUUUGCUCAGGGGCUUUUGGAGCCAUUAAAGGAUCUUGAGCAGAAUGUUCGUUUCCUGUCUGCAGUUGGCCAGUGGCAAAAGAAGUGGUAAGUUGAUAAGUUGAUUGUCACAAAGGCCUUCUGCUCAGCAACCAUCUAUUCACAACAGGAUUUUGGGGGGGGGGGGGAAUCACCAGGCAAAACAAGCCACAGUUUCUUUGAUCAUCUGUGGUUGGGGUCCUGGUUUCGUCAGCAAACCAUGGUGAUAGCAAACUAUGGCUUAGUUUUAUGUCUGACUAGAAUGGCUCCAACCCCUGAACAGAAACACUCCAUAGUAUGAAACUGUGUUUCAGGGCCGCAUUUUUCGUGUUGUAAUGUGUGUUGUACUCCAGAACAGAUAUGAAAGGUAACUUUCAUCAUUCUUGUAAAAUAGCUGUUAUAAAAAACAUUUAUUGUGAUUAAGGAGCUCUGGGUUUUGUUUUGUUUUAAAAAAAACAAGUUUAUGUUCAAAUUCAUUUUAAAAAAAAAGUGUAAAAUGAGUUAUUAUAAUAGAAAAUGAUUUUAGUUUAAAACCAGAAUCUAUUUUGUACCACAUUCCCAGGUUGCAGCUAGUUUGGAAAAGAACCUUAUUCCUAAACUGACUAGUUCCUUGCCUGAUGUUGAAGCCCUAAGACUGUUUCUAACCCUGCCAGAAUGCCCACUAAUGAGUGACGCAAACAAUUACAUGACACUAGCUAUCCCAUUUGCAACUGCUAUUGUGAAUCUAGAAAAGGCUCCACUGAAAGUACUUGGUAAGGUUUCUUUUGUUUAAUUUGUAUGCCUUAAUCUGCUGCAAGGGUGUGUUAGCUUGCAUAACUAACUGUGGGCGUAUAUAAUCUCUCAAACUGUUCUUGCUAUCAGUUUUCACCUUCUGUUCAUUGCACUACUAAAGGGAAGUGCUGUUGCAUAUAGAUAUCCUUGUGUAGCUCUAUGAGCAAGUGUUGCUUUGUUUGCAUACCACUGUAAACCUUUAUUAAUCGUUUGCCAUGAACACACUGCCUCUGGCCACUUAUUCCUCCACAUUCACGCUGGGUGGAAACAGUGAUCCCUUGCAUAGCAUUAAAUGCAAACUAGAAAUUGUGGUUUAUGUCAGUCCUAAGGUUUGUUUUUUGCUUACUGAUAGUGUUUGUUGGAGUGAAAAAUACGUAAUGUAUUUCCUCUUGCCAUUAGCAGGUACAGUGGUACCUCUAGUUGUGGACUUAAUCCAUUUUGGGGUGCCGUUUGCACCCCGAAAAGUCCGCAACUAGAGUGCCUCUUCUGCGCAUGUGCACGGUGCGAUCAAGCACAUGCGCAAAGCGCGCAGAUCGCUUCUGAGCAUGCACAGGUAGUGAGCCCGGAAGUAAACACUUCUGGGUUUGCCACGUUCGUAAGCUGAAAGUCCGUAACAAGAGCGGAAUGCAACACGAGGUAUGAUUGUACAAGGCAAAUAUACCAGAAAGGCAUAAUAGUAAAUUAUAAAUAAUAGUAAAUUAUCAACUAUGCUCUACUGUGAUACAGAUUCAUAAUUUUGAGGCCAAGUUAUUUUUUAAAUCCGAAAUUGCUCAAGUGUCCAAUGAAAUUUCUUAAACUGUCUUUUUGAAUUCAUGAUAGUUAAUAAGCAGGGUUUCUUGCGACUGUUUGAGAGAUAUCUCCUCAGGGAUAAUAAACUUUGCACUUCCCUUUGUAACAUCCAAAAAACUAUGUCUCCUAUUCUUACAUAUUAAAAGGAUGUUGAUAUGGAGUGGAAAAAUGGAUGGUCUAAUUUAUUCAUUGCUGAACAACUAAUGAACUUGAGAUCUAGACAGUAUUAGUUACAUAUAAGUCCUGUUAAGUUGUGCAAUGUUUUCGUCUGCUAGAUUUGCUUUUCCCUUUUAUUGAUAGAAAACUGGUGGUCUGCAUUGGAGCCUCCAUUGUUCCUUAAAAUAGUGGAACUUUACAAGGAUGUUGUUGUCCACCUUCUUAAAUUGUACAAAAUGGGCAUUCCAACUUCAGAGCAAAGAAUCUUCUCUAGCUGCCUGCACUCUUCUCUCAAGGUUUUGGAAAUUUUGCACAGGGUAGGUCUUUGCAGUUUGUAUCCUUUUUUCUGCUGCCAGAUACAUUUUGGCUGAUGUACUGUAUCAUUGAUGCAAUUGAUUUUCACUGAGUCUAGAAGUCUAGAGUUUAGAAGUCUGAACUUUCACAGAAAGGUGUGGCUGUGUGGACCAUUGAGAUUUGUUUGGAAUCCAUAUAAUCAGUGGAUGGAGUAUUUCCUUAUGUUCUCAUGAAGAGACAUGCAAGACCAUACUUUGAUUUAAUGUGACAUCAGAACUGAGAUCAAAGUAUAUGGCUCUCAGUAUAUGGACUCACCCAAACCACAGAAGUUGAAAGUUCAUGCCAAUAUUACAAAUGGAGUCAAAAUUUAUUUUGUGAACAACAUACCUUGCUUUAGGAAAGGCAGAACCACAAAAGAGAAACCACUAAGGCUGCAAUUCUAUGCAUACAUGCAUGCAUUCUGGUUCAUUGUCUUAAGAUCUGACACUGCAUAUCGAAAUAGCUGACAAGAAACAUGUGGAACCCCACUUUUCAAAUAGUCUUACUCACAGGCUGCCUGGUAAUAGCAAGUACUUUUAUUAUCAAGUUGGUUUUUGGAGUGCAUCUUGGAAUAAAAUGCAUGGUUGUUUUUACACUAACCUCUUAAUGUUUACAACUUAAUAGAUAUAAACAGUAUCAUUCUAUAAAUAAAUAAUUUAAAACACAUUUUCUCUUGCUGCUAUUCAGUUAUAAAUAACCUCGGUCAUAUUCAGCAAACAAAUACCUACUCCUAAAGUGGGAGGGAGAAAGCAUCAUAUCAAAAACGUCCUUAAAACAUCAGCCUGUUCCAGCCCCUCCCCAUUCUGCAGCUGAAAGCGGUGCACACAGAAAAUGGCUGUUCCCUGUAGUUUAUAACUAAAUCAUUGUGUGACUCUGACAUAUUCCAGUCUUGUUAUGCUUUGGGAAAGGACAUAUAUUUAUAAAUGAAAAUAGUUUAAGAGUUCAGACAAAUUAUUCCUCUUUGUGAAGAAGGCUGGCUAACGUAGACAGCAACUUCCAGACUCCAUAGUAUGGCAAUACCUUUAUUAGGCCAGCCAAAAUAUUGCAAAUAGCAUUUCAUAUACAAGUCCGAAGAAAUAGUUUUAAUAGAAUAGAGUGAAAUGUAAAAUAUUCUCAGUGACAAACUGCAUUCUCUUUAAAAUGCAGGUAAAUGAAAGAGGUGGGCAAAUCAUACAAUAUGAUAAAUUCUACAUACAUGAACUACAGGAUUUGAUAGACAUAAGAAGUGACUACUUCCACUGGAUUCAGCAGCAGGCAUAUGGAGUGGUAAAUGUCCCAUUUUUGUUUUCACUAUGCGUUAUAAAAUACACUGCAUGAGCUUGAAUUCACAUUGCAUAGCUGCUCAGUUGGAUGAGUUGUAUGGCUCAGUGUUCCCAAUACAGAAAUAAAUUCCUGCAAACAGAUAGCUAGGUGUGGGAGAGAAGGGUGUUCUCCCUAACAUGCUAGAUUUCUAUGGAUGGUAUUCAACCAAAAUUUCACUCAACAGUGUACCUAUUGAAAUUAAUUAACAUGACUAUGUUAGGUCCCCUGCUCCUCCACCACAGUCUGAAGCAGUGCAGGCCAAGAACAGUUUAGGUUGUGACAAGUGUUCUAUUUAGAGUGGUUCUUAGUGUAUGUCAGUUUUGGGUUGUGGGUUUUCUUUUUCUUUUUAGUUUUUCCUGGACAACGUCCUUUUUAUGAAGUUUUCUGAAACAUUACAUCCAUACAGAGUAAAAAAGUUCGUCUUUGAUAAGUGUUAGAGAGAGGGCUAGUUUUUCUUCUUUUCCUUUAAAGAAUACAGAGUGUACAUCAAAUGAUGCACUGCUUGGUUUGGAUAUACUGGCAAAUCAUGCUGUACCACAGUCACAUCUUGGCACAUGAGUUCUUCCUGAAGCUAACCACCAGAAUCCCAUGUCCAUUCAUUUGCACUGAGCCUACAAAAAAAGCAAAAAGCAAAACCAAACUUGGUGCAGGUUCUUCUCCUGGCCUAACAAGAAUUGGUGAGGCGAGCAUGCAGGCCAGUGCUUUGCUCAGGGUUCAGGGAGAUUUGUUCAUGCAGCACUAAGCCAUGCUAUAGUGACAGACAUGAAUAACCUGAACUACGACUCACCACUGAUCAUUGGUGAUGCUAUCUGAGGCUGGUGGGAGUUGCAGUUGAGCAACAGGUUAACCACCCCUGGUUUGGUGUGAACCAUAGGGUGCAAGCAGAGGUGAUUUCUCACAGCCACAUCUCUGAACUGAAAAGUAAAUGCGUUGCUUGGAUAUAUGAAAGACUUGCUGGGUAUCUUAAGUUUCUAGUUAGUUUGCUUCUUGCUUCCAAACACUAAUUGAGAUACCACUCAAGGUCAGAACAUGGAUUCAUAAUUUAUACUGAAGGUAGUAAUAGAGUUGGGCUUUUAAACAAACAAGAAUAUUUUUGGGAACUAUUUAAGGUAGGCAACAGGAACCAAAAUUCCAGGUUUAUUAAAUGAUGGUGAUCAAACACUAACACCUUUUUAAAAUGUCAUCUGCCCUCAUGCAUCUCUCCUCAUGAGUUAAUCAAAUAUAUUACUUUUAUGGGAGAAUACCUGUAUUCUACAUCCCACCAUUGCAAUUGUGCAUAUAAUUCAUUGUUCCUCUACUUCUUCUAUUCCGUAAUCGUGAUUUUUCUCAAAGGGAAGGUCCCCACCCUUAUUUAAAACUACUCCCUAAAGUAUCAAUUUUAUUUUUAGCUCAGAAGUGUCUCUUUCCCUGCUCAUAUAUCUCAAGUCGGGCAUCUGAAGUAUUUUUGUAAUGGCUUGGAGCAGAGCCUAGAAACAGUGUAGGUUAAAUAGGAUCUGUGGUUUCGGAAUACUGAUUGUGAGAAAUGCAAUCUGCUUUUUAAGACUUUGAAAAUGAAAAAGAUUAUUCAUAAAUGUAUUAAUUGAAUAGAUAAGUUGUGCUCAUGAGUGCUCUGUGUCCAUUAUCAACAUGUUGAUGAAGGAUGAAAAGAACUAAAAAACUACCUAGGCUAGAUUUUUGCGCCUGUGACAUUUGGUUUUUAGGCACAUUAAUAGUUUAGUCAUAAUUUGGAGGUGGGCCACAAAAAAUAAAGCUUUAGAAAUGAGCUGGAAUAGAUGUUUGAAUAAACCAAUCUUAAAGUUGUAGAAUUGCACGGUUUAGGACCAAACCUCUCUGUGAACUUUUAUUUAUCCCUGUUUUCUAAGGAGCGACCACUGCAUCUUGUGGAAGUGAAUGUGUGCCAGGCAUGACUUUGGUAGAGGCUCCAUGCAUGUAUUAGCAGUGAAUCUGUAUGUGGGCACAGUUAUGCCAUGUACCUCCCUGGGAUCCAUGUGCACUAGCAUACAUUGUUCUCUACACUGCUCUGUGUACAUAGGACAUAAAGGUAAAGGGACCACUGACCAUUAGGUCCAGUCAUGGCAGACUCUGGUGUUGCGGCGCUCAUCUCGCUUUAUUGGCCGAGGGAGCCGGUGUAUAGCUUCUAGGUCAUGUGGCCAGCAUGACUAAGUCGCUUCUGGCAAACCAGAGCAGCGCACGGAAACGCCAUUUACCUUCCCACCGGAGCGGUACCUAUUUAUCUACUUGCACUUUGAUGUGCAAAGCGCCACCCUAUGUACAGCGCCACCUGCGUCCCUGUACAUAGGACAUAGAGAGAAGUAUUUAACUAAAUUUUGCUCAAAAUAGACCCAUUGACAUUCAUGAAAGUGACUUAAGUUAGGGCUCGUCCACACUAAGAAAGCAUGGGCCCAAGCAGUUUCCCCCUUGUCCUGCUCCUUUCCCAGGGAAAACCUGCUCUUAACUUUAAAUUGGAACAAAGGGCAAUCCACAGAAAAACCAUUUGCUAUUUGCUCCAUUUGAGUACUAAAGAGCAGUUUUGCUUGGGGUAGGGCAGGGAAGCAGCAGGACAAGAGGAAGCUCUUGGGUUCAUUAAUUUCAAUAGCUCUACUCUGAAUGCCACACAGGCAUUAGUCUGUGCCCAUCUUUUUUAAAAAAAAUGCAGGCAUCUGCAUGAAGGCUUUUGGGGGUGUGGAGGAAAGUGGAGAGUCACCUAACAGUGUUUUUUUCCUUUUAAUUACUGCUGCCUCUUAUGCACUCUUUUGGUAGGAUAUCAGCCAUGGAUUAAAUGAGGUAAGAAGUUAUCUGAUUUCCACAGUAAAGUUUUGGAAACUAGACCCAAAGAUUCUGACAUCAGGUUUAUCCAUGGGCCUUGAAUUCUGAUAAUCUUGAAAUAAAUUCAUGGAUUAGAUAUAUCUAAAACUGUUUAAAAAAUAUGAAUCUCUUCAUAAGCUGGAUAUCCUGUAUUAUAUCUCUCUGUCAAGUAAAUUUUGCAUAACUGCCAAAAGAAAAUUUAUAUAUACUGUUGCUAAUACUGCACAUGCUAACAGCUUUUUCUAUUGCCUUUCUAGCUAGCAGAUGUGCCAGUUACAAUUUGCACAUACCCAUUUGUGUUUGAUGCACAGGCAAAGACAACACUCUUGCAGACAGAUGCGGUCUUACAAAUGCAGGUAAAAUAGUAAUUUAAAAAUAAAAUACUUUAAAACACUGUAGUUAUUCCUGGAUUGAUAUAACUUAGGCCCGGUUUAUAUUAACUGGCUUGUAUCACAGUUGUUCAGUUAUCGAGAAAAACUGUGUCUUUGGAUAUCAAAGAUUCAGGCAGUACUGCAUUAGUAUAAUCACAAGCCGGAAAUAUUACUAGGAAUUGUAGAUUUUCUUGAGCAUCCAGUGUUUAUUACUACUGCUACUGCCACUAAGGUUUUUACUUGGUUUUUCCCAGAUGGCUGUUGACCAGGCUCACAGACAGAAUUUCUCAUCUAUUUUUCUCCCAGUAUUUGAAUCUGUCAAUCCAUGUCUGAUCUUAAUUGUGCGCAGAGACAAUAUUGUGGGGGAUACCAUGGAAGUCCUAAGAAAAACCAAAAAUGUUGACUACAAAAAGCCUCUUAAGGUACAGCCUAUAUGCAUGCAUGUUUACCUUUUUGUGAUGCACACCUGGCCUUCAGUUUUCUCUUCUUCUCCACCCCCUACCCCCUGCGUUUCUCAUGGCAAAUAUUUGUCCUAGAACUGGGUGAAGGGAGAAUUCUGAGCAGAGAACAGCUGGCCAAGAAAGGGUUCAGCACUCGCUUCCUCCCAUCAUUCAAAAUCACAACUACCUAAGGCUCCUUUUGGUGCAUUUUCUUUCUUUUCAAUUGUUGGAACUUUAGCAUACACACUUGCAUAUAAUUCAUAACUUGCCCCUCAACAUUCAUUCAUAGAGUUGAGGCUGCUCCAGGUUAAUGAAAAAUGUACCUGUAUAACCUAUAUACCUGUAUAACAUACCGUAUUUUUUGCCCUAUAGGACGCACUUUUUCCCCUCCAAAAAUGAAGGGGAAAUCUGUGUGCGUCCUAUGGGACGAAUGCAGGCUUUCGCUGAAGCUUGGAGAGCGAGAGGGGUCGGUGCGCACCAACCCCUCUCGAUCUCCAGGCUUCAGGAAGCUAUCAGCAAGCCUGGCGAGCCGGCGGGAGUUCCCGCAGGGCUCCCUAGGCUGCGGAUAACAGCCUGCCGCCCGGCGCGCCCCAAAGCAGAGCGCCCCACGCGCCGGGCAGACAUCCGCAGCCUGCCGCCUGGCACGCUGGGCACCCCGAAGCAGAGCGCCCCACGCGCCGGGCAGACAUCCGCAGCCUGGGGAGCCCUGUGGGAGUUCCUGCAGGGCUCCCCAGGCUGCAGAUAGCAGCCUGGCGCACGGGGCGCCCCGAAGCAGAGCGCCCCAUGCGCCGGGCAGACAUAGGCCAGCCCCACAAGCUCGGGGGACAGCGGGGAGGCGGAGCGCCGCCAUACCGCUGUUCCCCGACCUGGUUUUUGGGGGGAAAUAAAGGAAUUUCCCCCCCUUUAUUUCCCCCCCAAAAAACUAGGUGCGUCCUAUGGGACGAAAAAUACGGUAUGUCUUUACAAAUAUGCAUUUGCCAUGUUCAUAUUUUAUUUAUUUAUUUGUUAUUACCCCACUCAUCUGGCUGGGUUUCCCCAGCCACUCUAGGUGGCUUCCGGCACAUAAAUAAUAAUAAUAAUAAAACAUUUAUAAAAACUUAAAACACAUUUUACAACUUUAAAAUACAAUGUAUGAAGUGGCCUUUAGUCAGACUCCUUAUUGUAAAUGUCAUUAUCCAAGUAACAAAUUGAGCACUUGUGGAUAGCUCAGUUGGUUAGAGCCUGGUGCUGAUAACGCCAAGGUCGCAGGUACGAUUCCCUUACAGGACAGCUGCAUAUUCCUGCAUCGCAGGAGGUUGUUCUAGAUGAUACUCAGGGUCCCUUCCAACUCUACAAUUCUAUGAUCUAUGAGUAUGUGUGGUAUUUUAUUUUUUAAAAAUGUAAUGUUCUAACUGCAUUGCCAAUGUUAGGUUAUUUUUGUAGGGGAAGAAGCUGUUGAUGCAGGAGGAGUUCGCAAAGAAUUUUUCUUGCUUAUCAUGAGAGAGCUGUUAGAUCCCAAGUAUGGAAUGUUCAGGUACGAUGAACAAUCGAGGCUCAUCUGGUUCUCAGAUAAGGUAUGUAAUUUGUUGGAUUUUGUGUAUUUAUAGUGGAAAUUAAUAUCUUGAUUUACUUUCAAGCUAUGGUAUCUUUGAGAAUAUUACUACUAUGAUAUAAUUGCACCAGUGCACACUGCAUCAUUUAGUCUAUGAUAACAUUUGUUAUGUUAGCCCUUUGCUCUUGAUCCUGAAUGUGCUCAUUUCUGUCCCCUUUCCCUGGUGGUCACAGAAGGCCAUGAAUACAACAGCACUAGAUAAAGUCAGUGUGUUUUGUGGCUGCUGCAUGGCUGUGUUUUUGUAGAGUCUGUUGGGGCCAAAAUAAAAGUAUCUGCAUCUUGAAGUCUUACGGCAUAAGCUUGCAUGGAGUACAGAUCACUUCAUCGGGUACAUGAAGUGUUCACCUGAGUUGUUUGGGGGAAGGAUUGUAAAUCAUGAGGUGAGAGGGAAAUGAAAUGUAGAACAUAUGAUCAGUCACAAUUACGUUUUUAACAGUGGCCAUUCACAAAACUCUUGUUGGUGACAAAACAGACACCCUAGCAUUUUUAACACAUGUAGUGUAAUAAAAAAUCCAAAUGUAGUAUGAUAAAAAGCGUUCCCACGAAAAUAUUCUACACCAGAUGUGCCACAACAGAAAAGACCCUUUUCCUUUGUCGUAAUUGGCUUCACCAAGGUGUCUCAGAGAAAGGACUUCAAGGAUGAUCUUAGAACUUGAGCUGUAGCUUCUUGCAGAACAAAGCAGUCCUCCUAAGCUGAUUAAAGUUCUAAAGGCAAGAAUCAGCACCUUAAACUGUGCCAGAGAUGCAGCUAGUGCAGUUUUCUGUUGAGUGAGAUAUAUUGCAUUCAAUUGGUCUCUGUUAGUAACCUAGGCAUUGUAUUUCGUACUAGCUGAAGUUUCCUAGUUGCUUCAAAGGCAGCACCAAGGACAGUGCAUUAAUACAGGAUGUCACCAGAUCAUAGAUAACCAUCAUUAGGACAUCUCUCUCUAGAAUGCCAACCCUCAAAACUCUGGUUGCUUGCCACUUGAGUUGUUGCCUCGCUACACUAGAGGGGAUUGCAAAACCAAAUACAAAGCAAUUAAACACCCUUUUCUGUAACCCUUGAAAAAAUGGCUUGAUGAGUUUUUAACCCUAUAGAUCCCAACCUCAAAUAUAUACAUGAAUAAUAACAGUGUACUAGCUUGCAAAAUUGUUGUGAUUCCACUUGAAGUCUAGCAGCAGUUGAAUGCAAGCAUGGCCUCUAAAGCAAUGUGCAUGUUUUUGUAAGCUUUUAAAAGUUUAAUUUCAGUUUUUUUCAUAUUUACAGACCUUUGAAGACAGUGACUUGUUUCAUCUGAUUGGUGUUGUCUGUGGGCUAGCAAUAUAUAAUUUUACUAUUGUAGAGCUUCACUUCCCCUUGGCUUUAUAUAAGAAGCUCCUGAACAAGAAACCUUCCCUGGAUGACCUCAAAGAGCUAAUGCCUGAUGUUGGCAGGUGAGCACAUUACAACUGAAAGUACAGUAAGUAGAUUAACAUUUCUGUGCAUCAUAACUUCUUUCACAGUGCAAAGAAAUAAUUCAAUACCUUGUUAAGGAGAUGAGAUACAAGAUUUAGAGUGUCUUUAUUUCUAGUUGACACACUUGAAACAAAUGUAGGUUUUUUAGGAUUGAAAUCCUUCCAGGGCAAAAAAAACUUGAACAGAUAUUGACUUCUCAUAGCUGCUAGAUUUUUGCUAAUCUAAACUGUAAAUUUCUGUGGAAGACUAUAAAACCAUUUCAGUUCUGUAAGUUUCUGAAUAAAUUGUGCUGUUACAACUUGCGAUGAGAGACAUUUUAUUCUCAGGAGUAUGCAGCAAUUAUUGGACUACCCAGAAGAUGAUAUAGAGGAUACCUUCUGCCUCAACUUUACAGUAAGUGUGAGAUCAUCCAUUGCCACCUUUUUAAUGCCAGUGUAUUGAGUAAUAAUAUGUAAUCAAGUCUCUCUUUUCCUGUUAAAAUGCUAGACUUUGUAUAGCAUGCUUCGCUUUCCUGUAUUGAAUUAUAGAUUCUAUUCUGCAACAAAAAGUAAAAUACACUCUCAUGUUCUAAAUAGAUCACUGUUGAAAAUUUUGGUACCACAGAAGUUAAGGAGCUAAUUCCUAAUGGUACUGAUAUUCCUGUUGUCAAACAAAAUAGGUAAGUUUCAGCAUGGUAGGUUGACAGAAUAGUUUGCCUUUGCUUAAUUUUAUCAGGGAGAAAUACUUUUUUUCAUUUCAUGCAGGUUCUUAACUCAGAAUUGAACUAUAAGGGGUGUGGGUGUGGUGGGGAGUUACACCCAACUUCUGAGAUAUUUAUUCCAAACCUGUAAUCUUGCAAAAGAAAUUUCUUUCUCUUUCUCUUUCUUUCUUUGUUGUGGUGGUGGUGAUAAACAGGCAAAAUAUUUUAAGAAAUGAGUUUUGCCCUCCUUCCGCUGCUCUUCUUGGUGGUUCCCUACUGCAGCCACCAAGACAUUGGCAGCAUUUGAAUUAUCUUUCCUGGCUUCAUAAACCAUAGCUUAAGAAGUCAGAAAUUAGUGUCAAACUUGCCUGUUCCUUUCUCAUGCCUCCCCUCUUUGCCUUGUAUGCUAGAUUCAGUGUGACAUUCAUGUUAUAGUUCUUAACUAGGAGAUCUGAAGAUAAUUGUUGACAGUGUUAAAAUGGUUGCUGUUCAUUGCUAGUGGAAUUGUGGUUGAACAUUCUCAUCUUCUGAAAACAUGGUGCCUUUUCUUCUCAUUUGAUCUUUAGGCAAGAGUUUGUGAAUGCCUACGUGGACUACAUCUUCAAUAAAUCUGUGGCUCCUCUCUAUGACGCAUUCCAUGCAGGCUUUCACAAGGUGUGUGGAGGUAAAGUUCUGCAGCUCUUCCAGCCCAAUGAACUGCAAGCAAUGGUGAUUGGGAAUACAAACUAUGAUUGGAAAGAACUAGAGAAGGUAUGUUACUAGUCCAGACAUUAGCAACAACUGAACACUAAAGAAUCCUGUAUAAUUAAGCGAUUGUCCAAAAUAGAGCUUUUCUGUAUUAUGUAGAAAAACACUAAAAUACAUAAAAUUCUAUAAAUACGUUUACGCAUAGGUAUUUUUGUUUGUUCAAUAUACAGCAUUUUAUUUGUAAAUUUGAGGGGGAUAUAUUGUGAUUUUGAUUUGUUGUUCUUAGAAUACUCAAUAUAAAGGAGAAUAUUGGGCAGAGAAUCCAACAAUUAAAAUGUUCUGGGAAGUUUUUCAUGAGUUACCACUGGAGAAGAAGAAACAGUUUUUAUGUAAGUAUACAAAACUGUGUAAGAAAAUAAGAAAUCUAAAUAGGAACUCUAGGGCAAUUGUUACCACUGGCUUAUUUUUCAUGUAACACUAAGUCAUAAUUUAGCACUAUAUGCUAAGCAGCAGUGAGCCUCGGGCUUCAGCAUAGCCGGCUAUUGGAAGUAUCUACCUAUGGUUUUAAACAACCUACAUUCAAACUUGGAACUGUAAUGCUAAACCAGUGUAGACCUGGUUUACAUGUCAUGCUAAGCCCAAGUGUUAGUGUUGGGUUUGGUUUUUUGAAUGGUUAAAAUGCUAAGUUGACUUUGGAUUCUGUCCAAGGGAGAAUUUGCAUUUUCACUUUUUUAAAAAAAUGAAUAUUUUAAACAGAAAUAAACAACAACUACUAGGAUCAGGUCUGCAAGUUGCUUAUUCACUUAUGUUUCAAAUACUAUCUGUUGGAUCCAGACUUUUUUUGGCUGGUUUCAAUGGGAAUGAAGCACAACAUGCAUCAUGGUUUGGCUCACUUCAUUGAUUUCAGUAGGACCUAAAUUAACUUAAGUCUGGAUUCCACCCUGAGUUUUGAAUGUGUGAACACCCUAACAUGCAUACAGGCACAUAUAUGAAUAGAUUAACUGCAGCUGUUUCUGGUGAAACACAUCAUACCAGUUGAAAGCACCCAUGCAGCUGCUCUGCUUGAUUUGAUAUGAUUCAUUAAAGGUUGAAAACCUUGCACACCUGUUUCCAAGCAAAUAAUUAUUUAUUUAGCCAAGAGAAACUGUUAACUUAAUUAAAUCACUUCACACCACACUUGUUUUUUAGGGUUGGACUCGACGGUGUUAUAUGGAUUUUCUCUUUUUAGUUAUAUUUCCCCCCCCAAAGAACCUCUGGGUGAAGCAAUGAACAAAUAUAAUAAAUAAGUUCUCUAAACUAUAAAAUUUGUUUACAAUAAUUUUAAGCAAAAACAAUGAACUAGAAACAAUUUCAUAUGGCUAUAACUGCCUUACAUUUUCAGAAUUUUUGAUUUGGGCUAUAUCAGUCUAAAAAGUAAAAUGAAAAUUAUAGCACAGCACUAAGUUUUUGGCCUUUGUACCCAGGCUUCUUACUUAUUUAUAUUUUCUUGGUAGUAUUUUUGACAGGCAGUGAUCGUAUUCCUAUUCUUGGGAUGAAGAGCCUUAGUCUUGUCAUUCAGCCGACUGGAGGUGGUGAUGAGUAUCUCCCCGUGUCUCAUACAUGUUUUAAUCUUCUUGAUCUUCCAAAAUAUACAGAUAAAGAAAUACUCAGAUCUAAGCUGAUCCAGGCUAUUGAUCACAAUGAAGGUUUCAAUUUAGUAUAACUUGCAGAAGCUAAGAACACAGCAACUCUUUAACGUGGGAACAUUGAACUAAUUUUGCAUCUAUCUUGCAGUGUCACAUAAGGUGAAAAGCCUGGCAGCGGAGCUAUUAUAAGAAAUGCUUGUAAACAUGUUCAGUGAUCGGAUCCUCUAAUGGCAGCCAAAAAUCCUUACACUAAUAAACUGUCUUGAUAUGAAUGCUGGAGCCACAUUUUGCCAUCUUAAUAAAAAUUCAACUUUGGAAUAAAAGCAAUGGUUUCACUAACUAAAUUUUAGUACUUCACAUAUUGCAAAAUGACUUGCUGUGUGUGUGAAAGGUGUGCUUACUCCCCCCCCCCCCAUCACUGCAACAGUCACAUUAGGUUUUUCAUUUUGUAAAUAUAUUUUUUUUGUAAUAAAAUACCUGUGCUCCAAUAGCAGUAGAGUAUCUAUUGCUUGUAACUGAAUUGGGGCUUAUUUUAUAAAAAGAGACACACACCCAAAAGGCGUUAACAUUUGAGCUGAUAAAUUAAGAGAUAUGCAUCUCUUGUCUUUUUGUAAAAAUCUAAUGAGGAGCCAUAAAUUUUAUGUCAACCCUUUCAUACCGGAACAAAUAUGGCUCCUGUUAACAUAAAAAAAAGAGAUCAAGACAAUGUGAAAGAUAAUUUGUCUGAUAAUCUCAUGGCAGCAUGAAACAACUAUCAGUUGUUAAAAUUAUGAAUGGAACCCAUUAUUUAAUCUUGGAAUUCAAUCCUUGGCAACUGUUGGUAAUUAGAAUAAUCAAGGAAUGCCUGGCUUCAGCUCCACUUUUUGCCUUUUACCUUCAGUAGAGCUGAGAAUUUUAUCCUUUUGUUCCCAUUCACAAAUGUUGAAAGAGCAGUUUUGCAGUUCUGGUUCAGUUUACACUUUUUCAGAUAAUUGUUAAAUGCUCUCUUUUUAAAAGACUUUUUGGAUUUCAGUAAGACAUCUCUUGAUGAUAUUAAAUUAAACAUGAGGAUUGAGGGGGUGGGGGCUAGCUUAAGUUCCUGAAUGUUUACAUGUUAAUGGAUAGUAUGUGACUUUCAGCUGUGAAAUAUUUAUUUUUUUUUAGAUUUAUAAAUUGCAGUGAAACAAUUCAAGCAUCAAAUAAAAAAAUUCUUGAAUGAAUUAUGUACAAGUGUGCAUGUAGGUGUUUCAUUCUUUCAACAAAUUUGAUUCUGUGCAGGAGUUAGCAUAGCAGUGUGUCACUUAGCACACAUCUCUGUGAUAAUUAUUUUGAGGUUCAUAUGAGGUUCAGCCUUAACUCCUAGUUCUGGCUGGACUGCGUCUGCAUAAUUGACAAGACCCAUGUAGGCUCUGUAGUCUGCAUGACUGAAGUCCAUCUGGCAAUGUCACAUAAGAGUGAAGCAGGGAUACUGUCAAUGCAAUACUGUCAAUUUAUAUUGAUACGCUGAAAUGAUAGGACAUGAUUUAGCAAAGGAUCAGAUACACAUGGACCAUGCUUACGCAUAUGUUCAGUACUUUGUAUGUUAUAAUACAGGGGUUGGCAAGUGUGGCCCAUGGGCCGGAUGCAGAUCAUGAAGACCAUUUGACUGGCCCCCGAGCCACCCGCUCAGCGAGUCCCCUGCGCUCUGUGCAGGGAGUGUCCGAGCAUCGCCGGAAAUCAUGUCUGCACACGUGCAGAUACUGGAAAUCACUUCUGCACAUGCCCAGACGCUGAAAAGCGCUUCUGCGCAGGUGCGAUUUUUGGCGUCUGGGCAUGCGCAGAAGUGAUUUCUGGUGCCACGGACACGCGCAGAUGUGAUUUCCAGCAUUACACUGUGCCGGUCUGGCCCACGGCAAUCUCUACAGGAGUGAUCCGGCCCGUGGCCGGUAAGCCUUGCCAACCCCUGUUAUAAUGGAAGUGGGGAAAGCAGUAACCCAAGUUACUCGUUACAAUGAAUGGGUUCUUCCUUGCAUAUACCUUGUUAAGUAAGCUGUCUUUCCUUCCUACUAAGUUCCCAACAUAUCACUACUUCCCUUGCAGAUGUUUGUUCCAUAACCAUGUGUUACAUUGUAAUAAUGCUCAGCCUAGACAUCUGUUACUUUGACCAAGCGUGCCAUGUGAAGCUAGGUUCUUCUACCAUUCUGUUGGUUGCAGUUUGGAUCAUCUCCAUUUUUGUAGUUCACAAAUAACUUGUUGAAGUAGUUCCUGUGAAAAUGAUGAGCUUUUUGAAGGAAUAUUUUGUGUGUCAGCAGGAGUUUUAAGAAUGAAGGCAGGCAUGUGUGUGUGUGUGUGUGUGCGCGCGCACACACACACACACACACACACACACAUAUGCUGUUAUUACACUUGAGGUGGUAGGAGAUUAUGAGCAAUGCGGGUGCAUGCAUUGCUAUCAAGGUCCUAAUU